AGAAGAGUGUGAGCCGAUAUGAAUCUGGAAUUAUUGGUGCCGUUUGGGUUGAGGAGUUUGAUGAAUAUCGACUGUCACUUGUUCCUUCAAUGAAUACGGCACAUUUUCGGCUGUUGGCCGGGUGGUGGUUAUUUGGGACCUUCUACCAUGAGGAGUUCUCAAAGCACGUGCAUCCCGUUUGCAGUAUUGGCUGGUCGAGCAACGAGUCCAAAAUAACUUUAGCGUCAACUGAUAACAAUUUGUACAUUUGGGCUAUUUUAUCAAGAGACUUUUAGUGAGCAAAAGUUUCGAUUGCCAUCUCCGGUGCUGACAGUAUAAUUUGAUCCGAUCACCGAUGCCAGUUGGCUUGUUUGUCCCAUGCGAUACGCCACUGUUUUUGUCAAUAUCAAUGGAACGCAUGAAUGUUUGUCAUAUGACAGUGAUUUAUUAAACACAUCUGAUCCAUUAACUCUGGUGUAUGAUGCGAAAGAAUUGAUUACAUACGGAGGAGAGAAAGUGAGCUGGAGCCAGAGAAAUUGCGCGAAAUUUGUAAAUUUUAUAAUUGAGUCCAUAUUUUCGGUUAAAUACAUGAUACUACGGUGAUGAAAAAGGCUCUUAGAGGAACAUUUAGAGAAGCCAUCGUAUGACAACAAUGUCAACAAUGUGUCCCGUGUAUCACUGUCGGCAAAAAAUUUAAGGCCACAACCAACCUAAAAAAACCAAUAGCAAACAACAAAUUACACCCACUGAAUUGCUUAGGUCUUUUAUUAUAUAAUAGUUUUCUUAAAACAUUUCCUUUUCGAAAGAAAAUAAUAGUGAAUUUUAGAAAUCAAAUUACAUUUUGUAACGAAACGGAAAAGAAUAAAUCGAAAGAAAGACGAAGAUUGUGUCUAGCCAAUAGAAAUGUAUGCUAUGAAACCAGACGGGACCGAGUAAAAUUAGGGAAUUUCAAUAGGUGAUGAACGUAGCGUGCCCGGCCCAUUUUUCGAUAAAUUCAAUGACAUCGGGAAUGCUUGUGUGCGGUGACAUUUUGGCUGACACCGUUAAUUUGCUCCAGACAUCACGAUUGGCCUGCCGAUGCGAACGUUGAAACACGACCGGUUGCUUAUGCUGAAUCGGAUAGCCGCUAACGAUGCACGGCUCAUCGUGAAUAUCCAAACUGGAUUCGUAUAAAUUGCGAUCGUCAGUCGGUAGCACCUACAAACGGGAAUCCGGAAUCGAUUUGUCAAAUUUUCGUCAAAUUUCAUUUAAAAUAGAUCAAACCUAAGAUCUGCGUUUAAAAGUGCCAAUCGAACACGAACUUCAGGACAUUGCAGACCGGGACCGGUUGUUUCUUCAUAUUUCUCUGCGAUUUUCAUGGUUUCGCUCAAGUAGAAUGCCUUCGAUGCAUUCCCCAGUGCUGCGAAACAACGCUGUGCCACCUGCAAUUUCGGCAAUUCCAAAUAGUUGCAAUCAUUUCCAUUUAGUAAAAUAAUCGUUUUAUUUCAAUUCAACAUUUUUUUGUUUGACAUACCAAAAUAUUUUGUUGAUUUAAGGCGACAUUAGCCAGAUUGUGCCACAUCGCUUUGGCUGCAGGGACAUCGCCCAGUGUUUCAAGGAACAAAAUUGCCCGACCAAAAUCGUUAUCAUUAACUGCAGUACCAAACUCCACUAAGCCCUCGUCAAGACUCCGUACAGAAAUCGUAUGCGGAUUGACGAAUUCGGUUCUAACGGAUCUCAAGAUGAAAUUAUCGCCGUAUUCCACCAGCGACAAUUCACCGGCGUUAAAUAUAAGGCACACGUUUGGAUUUUCAAAGUAGAAUUUCUCAUGAUCACCAGUUUUCGUCCACGAUACUUCGCUCGUUAAAUUCCGCGUUAAAUCGCACAAAAUCAACGAUUCAUCGGUGCGUGCAACGAGCAUUGGCGUUGCUUUGUAAAGUGAAAAUUCGCGAAUCAUUUAUUACAAUUGAGAAAGGCAGCACUUAUCAAACACAUGUACAUGAAACAACAACACGGUUGUCGUCGAGUGUGACGAGAGGCUCUUCAUAUUAUCGGAUUUUUGCAGAAGAAAAAAAUAUGUAUGCUCAGACGAACUGAAUAAAUGAGACAGCCAGAUUUCUUAUCGCAAUAUGAUAAUGCGAUGAUGAAAGACCGCGAAACAUAAAGUGAUUCACAAAAUGUGUCAUACAUUAUCUACUGAAUCGUGGCUGCUGUUGUUGUUGUUCUUUCAUUCCGUUCGAGACAUUUCACAUUGAAUUGCAUCCAGUUAAGCAUAAGCAUACACAACAGUUUUCCAAUUGAAAACAAUUUCGCAUUAUGUUUUUUUUUUGUUCCUUCGUUCCCCGUUUCAUCUUCUGCUGUAACAUACACACCGACUGUUUUGUAUGCAAGAGUGAAGUGAUGAAGGUGGAUUCGUAUCGCGCGCUUGAUGGAAAAUUGGAUGCUUGACUGACGACGAGAGCGAUGAGACUUUUGUACUAGUUUCUGCUGCUUGGAUUUCAUUCGCGUGCUUUACGUAUUCGUUUAUUUCGCGCGCGAGAGAGAGAGAAUCAAUAGGGUUGACGCGCAUGUCACCUGUUGCAAAUUCUAUAAAUACAGACGAUACCACAUAUAGUGUCACUACUGGCAGAGGUUCACUGCUUUUCCACACCGAACCGUACCGUAAUUGUGGAAAUGGCUCAAAUGAUUUUCCACUUAGGGUUUUUGAGAGUUAAACCGUUUACAUGAACUAACACAUCGAUCGAAAUAGGUAUGCGUGUGCUUGUGUGAGUGCGUAUGUGAAAAGCCCAAGAAUGAUUCUCCUUUUUGGUUGUUCUCACAUCAAAUCGGUGCCAAAAGAGCAGAUGAGCUCACAGUAUUAAUGCGCGUAAAAUAUUGUGCCUAUGUUCCAGCAUCUUGUCAGCCAGCGAGAUGAUGUGCGUAUUUGUAUGCGUGCGAGUAACGCUGUAUGUGUGUCUGAUUUUCUCCAACUUUCUCUGUGUAUCAAAUUCAUUCAACAGCGAGAAAAGAGAAAAAUAAAGUUUUGCUCUUUCUCAUCGGCUUCGACUCUGACGACGGCAAUUCAAGCGAAAUUUGCUCCAUUUUAACGUGAAUCAGGCAGUGCAUCCUCUGGUAUUUGACAUCACACUUUAUGUAGUCCAAAGCAACCGUUGUGUCGAGCCCAAGUGAAUCGUCUCACACACAUCAUCCGAGAGAGAGAGCGGAAAAGAAAAGUAUUUUCAUCGCAGUUGUCGUGUUGUUGGAUCCUUUUUUUCUCGCGCAAAGGAAAUCAGAAAAUAUGAUGACAAAAUGUUUAUGCGAUGCAGUAAAUGAGAGGCAAUGAAUGAGAAAUUGGGACAUAUCAAGAAGAAUAAUUGAUUUGAAGAGCAUUGGGAUAAUCGCACCGACCCCUCCUACCCGUUAAUUUGGGAUUAGCUCUGUGGAUAAUCUGUAUGUAGCGAAAUGCAUGCUCGUGGUGUGGCAGCAAAAUGGCAAAGUCGUCGAAAAAUCUCACUCGGUCCAGUGCGUCGUGCUUGUCCAGCAUCAGGAGCAACAUGGAAUGUGCAAGUGGUACGGGGCAAAAUGACGUCAAGAUGUUUAUGGCACGCUUGUCGAGCGCUCGCUCUUGGUCUUUUGCUGAUGUUGAUCGGCGCUGGUAUGGCAACAAUAGGCUAUUAUGCGGAGCACAUAUCGCCACAUACGGAAACGCGAAAUAUUUCAACGGUUCGCGUGAAACCCGAUUCGAAAGGAAUUCAUUUACAUAAUCUGUCAUACGCUGGCCCAAUUGUGAUGGGUUGUGGGGGCUUUAUAAUAGUCGCGGCAUGUGUAAUGACAUUUGAAGCGAGGGAUUCAGCAGCUAAGGUCGUACCCGCGAGAUUUGCGAAAUUAAGCACGAAUAGCCGUGCUAAUGGGACUCGCAUGAACUCAGCGAGACGGACAGCCGCACCGGGAAUGUCGUCAUCAAAUGUCGGAUCCCAAACACGUUGGGAUAAUCAGCUGGGCGUAUUUCGCACAUCACCUCUCGGUGAUAAUCCAGCUCAAUCAAGAACCGCUCAAACCGCCGCUCUUGUUCAUUUUUCAAGAUUCAUUGGAUCUGUAAAUUAUUCGCCAAAAGACCGUCGUUUUUCUCGCAGUGGUAGCGUACCGAAUUUAACGUCAUGCAAUCGAUCACCGACGAUCCCGAAGCAAAACUCAAUAUCACCGACAGCGCAACGAAUCCGUCAACACCAUCGCACAUCAAAGAAGGAUCGAAUUGCCCGCGGCAUUCGUAGCAUGCAUCGGAAUAACUUGAAUAAAUCGAUUGAUGAAGGUGGCGUUUAUUUUACCAGUGCCAAACCGUCAAUUGAUUCGCAAAAUUCAAUGGGUGAGUUCUCUGGCAAUAAACGUGAACGAAAUAAGCGGUCGGAUACGGGAAAGCGACAUAUAUUAGCGCGUCAAAAGCAAAUUGACAACAGUUCUGAAGUACAUAAUAAUGUUGUAUCAAAAACGAAUUUUUCGGAUAAUCGAAGCAAUUCAACCAAUUCCGGCAUAUCGAAAAUAUUUCGUAAGGGUGGCAAAUCGUCCAGUGUGUCACGAACACCGAGCGUUGAUUCAAGAGGUGUACAAACGGAUGAGAUUUUAGAGAAGGCAAUCAUAACGAGUCCACCGUAUCGAAAAGCAGGCACGUUGAUUGCACAAACGUCAACUCCAUCGGUUGAAGGGAAAUUUAAAAGUCAACUGUCCGUUUGUUCCGAGCCGGCGAAUAUUCCGGUGUAUCAAUUAUCGAUCGAUCAGACUCUAGCGGAGGAAGUAGUACCAAAAGUGCCACAAUCGCCAAACGUAGUAAACAAAGUGCAAAUAUCAACCACAUUAUCGGUAGAGACAACAACAACAACAAGUGAUGAACAAUCCGUGCAAAUAAAGCGUCCAACAACAUUGGGCAUCUUAGAUUGUAAUCGUGUCGAUCCAGUAGUAGUAGCCAGUACAUCGAAUGAGUGUACUACAACAACAACAACAGCAACAACGUCGGUCCAAAUUGAAAACCCGGCCGAAAAACCAUCAUCAUCGGUGCGGCAAAUUCCGAAGACAUUGUUUCGCAGUAAUUCAUCGAGUUUGCAUAAGCGAGAGAGUACAUUUGUUCCGGCAGCCACCACAUCGGCUGCUAAUAAAUUCAAAUUGAGCAGCGAACUUGAUCACAUUUUUGUGAUUAGUACUAGUCGGUCAAACAAUGACGGCACCUUUGCUUCUGUCUCCGCCGCCGGUGAUGAUGAAAAUUACGAUUCGAUUGAAGUGAUCGACGAACGACGCAUGAAAAAUAUGGCCAAAUCGGAUCGAGCACGACUCUACAAAAGCAACACAUUCAUUUGCGAGGAAUAUUAUACGAACGAGCAAUUGGCAUGUGUUAUGGACACCACCACCACCAUCAUCGAGCCAGCCAAAGAAACAAUAAUCGAAGAGAAACGAGAAUGAAAACUACUUAACGGAAAUUGACGGCCAGUGACCGAGGUGGUGCGCAAUUAGAUUUUGGGUUUUGUUUUUGUUUUUGUUCCCACUCACAGACAUACAGAUACAGGUGAUCUUAUGCCAAAAUAUUAGAUGUAUACACACAAACACACACUUGAAUAUAAAUUUAACAUGAAAAUGGAAAAGUAAAAGAAAAAAAAGAAAGAAACAUUGUACAAUCAACGAUGAAUGCAAACAUGAAAA